AAAAUAAAGGAGAGCAAAAUCUACCAUGACUUUUCACUUCACUUAAGCGAAUCUCUUCACAUUCCGUACUUCCAGUUUCAGUGGUGACCGGAAUGCUCCUUGGCCGCCAUCCUUGGCGCCAGAACCCUGCACUUCCCGCCAUAAAGGCCUCGACUUUCCAGCUCCAGAGGCCGCCACGCCCAAACCCUUCACUCCACUUCGCCGUCGCAAGCCGGGAACCUCGCUCUCCCGCCGCCGAAGAGAUGGGGAAGCCCAAACAGUACUGGCUCCUGAAAACCGAGCCGGGCGAGUGGUCCUGGGACGACCAGGCGGCCUCCGACGGCGGCGUCGCCAAGUGGGACGGCGUCAAGAACAAGCAGGCCCAGAAGAACCUCAAGUCCAUGCGCCUCCGCGACCUCUGCCUCUUCUACCACUCCGGCGCCAAGGCCCGCCGCGUCGUGGGCGUCGUCGAGGUGGCGCGCGAGUGGUACGAGGACGACGGCGGGGGCGGCGGCGGCGGCGGCGACGGGGCGGUGGACGUGAGGACGGUGGGGGAGAUGCGGAGGCGCGUGGAGCUGGCGGAGCUGAAGGGGGACGGCGCGCUCAAGGGGUUCGCGCUGCUGCGGCAGCCGAGGCUGUCGGUGGUGCCGGUGGCGGAGGAUGUCUGGGAGAGGAUCUGCGAGCUGGGAGGCGGGUACGAGGGGGACGGCAGAGAUGCGGGCGAUGGCGACGGCGACGGCGAGGGGGAGGGCUGAGGAGUGAGGGGGGAAGUGUUGCCUCGUAGGUGUUUGUGGAAAUGCCGCACUGGGAAAUGUCUUUUGAGGUUGUGAUGGGAUAUGUCCCAAUUUUUGUGUUGAUUGUAAAUGCCAGGGGAUGCUUAGAUGUGAAAGUUUCGUCGCCCUCCUUCCUUUUGGUAAUCCUGUAAAUGUUUGCUCGACAUGCUGCAGACUUCUAUGCAGAUGAUAAA